AUGAGGAAUAUCUGCUAUAUUCGCCACUCUCAAGAUUCGGGUAUCUUUCCAGAGAACUGGUGCAACGGCACUAUUAUCCCCAUAUUUAAAAAGGGUGAUAAAAACGAUGUAAACAAUUAUAGAGGUAUAUUCAGCAAGCGAAAAUGGCUGUGCCUGAUUGGAGUUGUACUUUUAUUGAUACUGUUUGCAAAUUAUUCACAACUGAACGAAGUCAGCCCAUUGCCAAAGACAGUGGUCGAUUACCAGACACCUAACGAAAGCACGAUGCAGAAAGUCGCCAAAGACGCCAAAGUCAACUUGAAGCAAAAUGACAAAAAAGACAGGGAUAUAAAAGAAGAAGCGACACUAAGAACGAAACAACUUGGCGCGAACGACAAACUUAUCGUCUGGUAUAACGGCGCCUCCCUUAUUUGGAACCAGUCGGUCAAGUGGACGACGACUUGCGGAAAUUACACGUGCAAGGUUUCUCAGAACAGCAGCGACAUCGCCAAGGCAGACGGCGUCAUCGUCAACGCAUUUUACUUAAAGCCGGAGGAGAAGCGGCCUCAGCGACCACACCCAAACCAGAUUUGGAUGUUUUACUGCAUAGAAUCUGAAAGGACCCUUGGUUACGUAAAAUGGCCAUCGAAAUAUUGGAAUACACUGUUUAACUGGACGAUAACGUACAGGUCAGAUUCAGAUUUCAAGUUUCCGUAUGGUGCCAUUGUGAAGAGAAAUGGACCCAAGAAAAACUGGUUGAAAAUCGCAAAAUCUAAAAGCAAAUCCGCUCUUUGGAUUGUAAGUAAUUGCAAAACGUUUGGACGGCGGGAGGACUACGUGAAGAGGUUACAGCAGUACGGGGUUCAGGUUGAUAUUUAUGGUAAAUGUGGAAAGCUGAAAUGUCCAAAACAAACGGAACGAAAUUGUUUUAAAAACUACAGAUUCUAUCUUGCUUUUGAAAGCCAAAUGUGCGACGAUUACGUAACAGAAAAAUUGUUCAAAGUUUUUAAGCAUGACGUAGUUCCGGUUGUACGAGGAGGGGCAGAUUACUCUAGUUCAUUUCCAAGUAAUUCGUUUAUCGAUGCUUCGAAUUUCAAAACGCCUGAAGAUUUGGGGAAAUAUUUACUGUAUUUAGACAAAAAUGACACAGCUUAUGCGCAGGUGUUGGAAAACAAGUCCAAAUACGGCAGCGUUCAUCCGCAACCUUGGUGUGAUAUUUGUAAACAUUUACACCAGCUUCCGGCUUACAGAAAAACAUAUCCUGACAUUGGAAAGUGGUUAGACAUAAAGAAAUGUUACAAGCCUACAGAUUUGUGA